AUGGUCGCCGGUUGCAACGCUGCCACGUGUGUCUCGGCCCUUGUGUGUCGUCUACAGCCUCGGGACUGCUCUGUGGUAGAAACAUUUGGUUACAGGAGCGGUGCCAAUGGUCAUGUGUCUUUUUGCUGGAAUCUUGCCACUCUGCAUGGUGGUUGUGUGAGGCUGCGCGGGCGGUGGGAGGGCGAUGGUGUCACUGGCGUGAUUGUGUCUGCGCUUCUUUUUGUCAGUGGUUGUGCUUUGGUGGGGACUGUCUGUGACCGGAUGCCUCUGUCGGCCACUGUGUUUAUUUGCUGUUGUUUCUGUCUUUUUUUUCUCUGA